AUGUCCUACAAUCCGUAUGCGUACGCUCAGGAAGAUGCGGGCAACAUGUAUCUGAGCGAGCGGUCCCAGCACAAUGUAGGAGACAUUCCGGCCCAGCACCCAAAUUCACAGGGUUUUGGCAAGGCACCACUACCACAACAACAACAACAACAACAACAGCAUGCAAAUGGGCCGAACGGAGCUUUUCCCUUCCAGGACCCCAGAUCUUCAGUUGCCUACCAAUUGGGGCAGUCCGCGUUUUCCAACAUCAUAGGACAGAAUAAUUUCAACCAAAUCCAAGAAAACUUCAGUAAAGCCACAGGUAAUUCGUCAGCGUUGUCUCACUACUUCCAGGUCUCCAACAGCUAUGUCUUCCGCAAGCUGAAAAUCAUUUUAUUACCAUUUUUGCACCGCAACUGGCAGCGACUGCCGAUCCCACAGAACGGAACCGGCAUGGGGCCCAGCUUUCAGGUACCACGCGUUGAUGUGAAUUCGCCAGAUAUGUACAUCCCCGUUAUGGGCCUCGUCACGUACAUUCUGUGCUGGAAUUUCCAACAAGGGCUGCAGGGUUCUUUUGAUCCAGGCAACCUGUAUCAACGUCUGUCUACAACACUAGCUUCCGUUUUAAUGGAUCUCUUCAUAUUGAAAAUGGGCCUCUUCCUCUUGGUAAGCGCGAAAUCUCCCACCACCGGCAUAACCGAGCUGGCGUGUUACGUCGGCUACAAGUUUGUUCCAUUGACGCUGGCUUUACUUCUGCCCUCGACACCAUAUUUUGCAUCUGUUCUGGGCAAGAUAUACCUGCUAAUAGCUUUCGGCGUAUUUUUACUUAGAUCUGUCAAGUUCAACCUGUUCGUUGAUGGGAGCAACGAGGUUCACACUGUCAAGAAAAGCGUUGUCAAGAAGUGCAAUUACUUUUUGUUCGUGUAUGGCUUUGUCUGGCAGAGCGUUUUGAUGUGGUUAAUGGGGUGA